AUGGAAGCAGCCCGGGACACCGCCCAGCCGCGGUGGCAGCGAGCCCUGAAAUGCAUCGCAAGUCUAAUCCUCCACCAAUGGCUCCUAAUCGGGAUCGGUAUCGUGUGCGCCCUCGCAUAUUGCUUCCCGAACGUGGCCAAGCACGGCGGCACCAUCCGCUCCGAGUAUAGCAUCAUGUACGGCGUGAUCGCGAUAAUCUUCCUAAUCUCAGGCCUGAGUGAUUUCGUUUCUGUUUAUCCCCGCACUGGUGCUGGCCAUCGUGCAUAUUAUCCUCGCUGCGGAUCCGGGGGCAAGAUUGAUCGCGCUGUGCUGGCCGGGUAUAUCUUUACUGCUUGUAUUCCGACGACGAUUGCGUCAAAUGUUGUUAUGACGAGGUCUGCGGGCGGAGAUGAUGCCGCUGCUUUGGUGGAGGUCUUGUUGGCUAAUAUUCUCGGCCCAUUUGUUACGGCUGCUUGGACUAUUGCGUUGAUGCCCAAGAUGGUGGAGUUUGAUCCCUGGCGGUAUGGGGGUGGGGAUUUGGGGAGUAUGUAUAAGGAGGUUUUUCAGCAACUGGGACUCAGUGUCCUACUGCCGCUGUUUAUUGGGCAGCUGGUGAGGUGGACUUGGCCUGAUCGCACUGCGUGGGUCAUGCAGAAGACCAAGCUGCCUAAGCUGGCUACUGUCUGCUUGUUAUUGUUGAUUUGGGCCACAUUUUCCUCCUGCUUCGCAACAGGAGCCCUUCAAACCCUUUCCGCGCAGAGCAUAGCCUUCGUGGUUCUUUUCAACAUCAUACUCUACAUCACUUUAACGGCAGUGUGCUUCUUCUGCUCUAGACCACCGCGGAUUUUCAGCUCCCGGCGCUGGUCCAAGCCCAUCUUCAAGCGCAUGACUCCGGAGGAAACUAUUGCAGUGUGCUUUUGCGGGCCGGCGAAGAGCACCGCACUCGGUAUCCCGCUGCUCUACGCAAUGUGGCAGCCGGUUGAUCUUUUCAUAAAAGCGAAGACAUCGGUGCCGGUGCUGCUCUAUACCACGGAGCAGAUUUGCGUGGCGCAUUUCUUCGUUCAAAUGUUCCGGUGGUGGCAUGCUAGAAUCGUUGAGAAAGAGGAUUUGGAUGACAGUACACGCGAUGAUAUUGAGAUUGGUAUGGCUGAGGAUUCACGUGAAGAUCACGCUGGACGUGGUCAUGAGCAUACGACUGUUUGA